CCACGAGGCGUUUGGUUGCCCCGGUGUUAUGAUUGUGUAAUAUAAUGGAUGGUGGUUUUGAACUGCGUGAGUUUCUGACUGUAGUGUAAGGUCAUAUACAGCAACCACAUACAAUGACAUGUUUUAGGAGCGCUAACAUCAUCAUAAUCCAUCUGAGUGGAUAAUCAUUCAAGGACGCACGCCAAAGACUAGAAGGAUCCCACUGACAUUGGAAACAGAUAUUCUUUGUGUGGAUCUAUCAUCAUCAUCAUCAUCAUGGUGGGGAUGAAGAGUUUCUGUGAAGCUGGAGUCUCCAUGCAGCAGGUGUGGGUGGAUGGCGGUCUGACUCUCUGCUUCUACUUCACCCUGGUGCCGUCCGUCCUCCUCACCCUCUUCUUCCUCUUCGGCACGUUUCUGUGUGUUUGGUACAGCCGCUACGGCACAGACAUGGAGCCCAAGUUCAUCCCUCGCUCGCGACUCUACCGGCUCCAAGUGGGCCUGUCGGUGCUGCUCGUCCUGCAGGCUCUGGGCUGGAUGGUGUUUCGGAUCGCUCGCAGCGGAGAGCUGCCGGGAUACGUGGUCCUGUACGGCUGUCUCUCCAUGAUGGGCUGGCUUUGGGCCGUGGCUCUGCUUCGCCUGGAGAGAAGGAGGGUUCUGGUGCGGGACAGAACCAGAGGACACAGUUCGGUACUGUUGCUGUACUGGGCCAUGGCUUUUGCGGCUGAAAACCUGGCGUUUGUGUCGUGGAUGAGCCCUCAGUGGUGGUGGACUCUGGAGACGGCCGAUCAACAGUUGGAGUUUUCUUUCUGGCUGGUGCGAUACUUCAGCUCAGGUUUGCUGUUCCUGUUAGGCCUCAAAGCCCCAGGCUUGCCUCGCCGACCGUACAUGCUCCUGGUCAAUGAAGACGAGCGAGAUGUUGAGCACGGAGCGCCUCUCUUGGGUAAUUCUGAGGAGAAUCAGUCUACGUGGAAAGACUUUGGGCAGAAAAUGCGUCUGUUGGUGCCGUACAUGUGGCCUAAAGGCAGUGUCGUGCUUCAGCUGCUGGUUCUGCUGUGUCUCGGGCUGCUGGCCGUGGAACGCGUCAUCAAUGUGUUUGUGCCCAUCUACUACAAGAACAUAGUGAACCAGCUGACAGAUGGGAGCUCUUGGAAGACUCUGGCCACUACAGUGUGUGUUUACGGGCUUCUGAAGUUCCUGCAGGGUGGUGGCGCUGGUGCGUCUGGGUUUGUGAGUAACAUGCGUUCGUUCCUGUGGAUUCGAGUGCAGCAGUACACUAACCGUGUGGUGCAGGUGCGUCUCUUCGCUCACCUGCACUCUCUGUCCCUGCGCUGGCACCUGGGCCGCCGCACCGGAGACGUCCUGAGAAGCAUCGACAGAGGAACCUCCUCCAUCAACAGCCUGCUGAGCUACAUCGUGUUCAGCAUCUUCCCCACCAUAGCUGACAUUGUCAUUGCCAUUAUCUAUUUUAUAUCCAAUUUCAAUGCCUGGUUUGGCCUCAUAGUCUUCGUUUGCAUGGCCCUCUACCUCACUCUCACCAUCGUUAUCACUGAAUGGAGAACUAAAUACAGACGAGAUAUGAACACACAAGAUAACAAUGCCAAAUCGAAAGCUGUGGACUCUUUAUUGAACUUUGAGACGGUGAAAUAUUACAAUGCAGAGCGUUAUGAAGCGAGUCGCUUUGAGGAUGCCAUCUUGAAAUAUCAGGUAUCGGAAUGGAAGACCAACGCGUCUCUGGCGUUUUUAAACCAAACGCAAAAUCUCAUCAUCGGUUUGGGUCUCCUGACCGGAUCUUUGCUCUGUGCGUACUUUGUGACAGAGGGAAAGUUUCAGGUGGGAGAUUAUGUGUUGUUCGGAACAUACAUCAUCCAGCUCUACACUCCGCUCAACUGGUUCGGCACAUACUACAGAAUGAUCCAGAACUCCUUCAUCGACAUGGAAAGCAUGUUCAAGCUCUUCAAUGAGGAUGAGGAAGUGAAGGAUGAUGUCAAUGCAGGAAGCCUCUGCUACCGACAGGGGAAAGUAGAUUUUGAGAAUGUCUUCUUCAGCUACAUGCAAGGCAAGGAAAUUCUCAAAGACGUCUCUUUCUCUGUUCUUCCCGGACAGACGGUCGCACUUGUCGGACAGUCUGGAUCAGGAAAGAGCACCAUCAUCCGUCUGCUUUUCCGUUUUUAUGACGUUCAGGGCGGGUGUAUAAAAAUAGACGGUCAAGACAUCUCAAAGGUGAAGCAGUCCUCUCUGCGCGCUCACAUUGGCGUUGUCCCUCAGGACACCGUCCUGUUUAAUGACAAUAUCCGGGACAACAUCCGUUACGGUCGAGUUGCUGCUACUGACCAGGAGGUGGAGGAGGCUGCCAUUGCCGCUGACAUCCAUGACAAAAUCAUCACUUUCCCAGACGGCUAUGACACUCAGGUGGGUGAGAGGGGUCUGAAGUUGAGCGGAGGAGAGAAGCAGAGAGUCGCCAUCGCUCGCACCAUCCUCAAAGCGCCUCAGAUCAUCCUCCUCGAUGAGGCCACGUCUGCUCUAGACACACAGACUGAGCGAAAUAUCCAGGCAUCACUGGCUAAAGUCUGCACCAACAGAACCUCCAUUGUGGUGGCACACAGAUUGUCGACUGUCAUUGGGGCCGACAUGAUUCUUGUGCUUCGUGAUGGGCAGAUUGUGGAGAGAGGAAGGCAUGAGGAGCUGUUGGCGAAGGGAGGGCUGUACUCUGACAUGUGGAUGAAACAGCAGCAGGUACAGGAUUCAGACUCCGCCUCUGACAGCGAGACUAAAGACAGGAAAUCAGAGAAACUACAGCCACAAACAUCCACUACAGGAACAGGACCCAAGGGACACUAGAUACGUGAUGGGAACGGCAACAAAACCUGUUUUUUUGUGCAUUUUAAGCUCGCCCCGUGCUGUCAGGGUAUAUUAGAUUUAUAAUUAUUUAAUUGUAUACAUUUAUGUUUUUGCCAGUUCUCAAAAGUGCCCCAUUUUGCUUAGGGUCUUAUUUAUAAGAUAUUGAAGUCCUCAAAGUUUAUAUAUAUAUAUAUAUAUAUAUAUAUAUAUAUAUAUCACUCAUUUUAUUCUAAGUGCAUUUAUAAUGAUAAAUAUCAUGGCCAUUAAUGACAGAAGACUGACAGAGUUGUUGUACACUGUAUAAAUCCCUCCAUAUCUAUAACUUUAGGCAAUACAUUGCUGACACCUUAUUAUGAUGAAUGUACUUUCUGUUAUUUAAAUGAAUUUCUGUGGUUGCAUUGAUUCGAUGAUGCUUCCAAUUUGCUGUUUUUUGUAAGAGGAAAACUGCUUGUUAUUGUAAAUAUGCUCAUAUUCUUUGAGGCAUUGUUUAAUUUGAAAAUGGGUAAUUCUAUUACUGGCAGCAAAUUCUAAUAAUGCUGAUAUUUGAAUUUCUAUACAGGCUAAGAUUAAUUUGAAUGUAGGAUUAAGUUAUAAGCAAAGGGGAAAAGACCCCUUUCUGACAUACUUACUUUCUUAAUGCACAUUCGUCUGACUUUUUUUUACUGUCUUUAUGAUCAUUUGUGUGGUUAAAGAUCAUAUUUUCUUAUGCUGUGUGUGUGUGGAGUGGUACUUACAUGCAAUAGAUUGUAAUGUACAACUUCAGUUCAUCAAAGGGACAAAGGAGAUCACUCACUUUACAGCAUUUUGACUAAACUCAGGGGACAUGGUUGCAAUGAGCUAUUGUGAUGUGUUUUUAGUCAUGGAAAAAUGAAAAUAGCCUUGUAUAAAGUAAUUCAUUUGUGACUGGCUAAAGUCUAAAUAAAUGUGUGUUUUAUUUUACAAUAAAGAUAGAGACUUGCAUAUGUUUACAGU